AUGAAGUUGGAAGAAGUUUUGGUAUUUGUUUUUCUAAUUUUGAAUGUAGAGACACAGCAGGAACAGUAUUUUGCCUCAUCCGAUUUUCCUGUAUUAGAUUAUGAAGAUUUAAAAACCUCAACAGUCCUUUAUAAUGUCAGAAACAAAAUACGAUGUGGAAUUAUUUGCUCACAAAUUUGUACAUCAUCUCAAACCAAUAAGAUAAUGUACAAUGUUGAUCAUCCAAAUAUAACUCAAUCACAAUGUGCUGUUUUUAAUGGUAAUUGUUAUUUUGUUAAAAAGGUUACGUCAUGUAUAAAAGUUAGAAGCGAUAAUGUAACUAUUUUGAUAUAUUUUAGGUUACGUCAUGUUACGUCAUGUAUAAAAGUUAGACGUGAUAAUGUAACUAUUUUGAUAUAUUUUAGGUUACGUCAUGUUACGUCAUGUAUAAAAGUUAGACGUGAUAAUGUAACUAUUUUGAUAUAUUUUAGGUUACGUCAUGUUACGUCAUGUAUAAAAGUUAGACGUGAUAAUGUAACUAUUUUGAUAUAUUUUAGGUUACGUCAUGUUACGUCAUGUAUAAAAGUUAGAAGUGAUAAUUUUACUACGACGUGUUCCUGUUUAUUUCCCUAUUAUGGUUCUUAUUGCCAUCUUAUUCUUUCAUCCUGUGAAGAUGUGAAGCAUUCAAUGGAAUCAUUGGUAAAUGGAAUUUAUAGCGUAACAACGAUUCGUGGAGAGAUUAUAGAGAUAUUCUGUGAUUUCCAAAAAACUCAAAUCAUAACUUUUAUCUCUAAAAAGAGCUUAUCCUAUCUGACAACCCCAGAUUUGAUGCAGUUUGGAUCAAACAGAACCCGAGUUGUUCUUCGGCAAAAUUGGAUAAACUACCAGAAAGAUUCAAUCCUUUCACAGUUGACAACACAUUCGUCGAUUCCUUUGUCCAUUUAUAUCAAUGGAAUUGGAAAUUUUAAAGAGCCAGUAAACACGGUCUUGGGAGAAUAUCUAUAUUUAGGUUUUCUUAAUAAAAGUUCUAUCCAUAAGGGUAGUAUAAAUGGUUACGCUACCGAUUCAAAAGAUCAAAAUUUCUCAAAUUGUAACAACGAUAGUAACAGUUACUUUAAUUUUUAUCCGAAUUUGGAAAACGAAAAUCCGUCAAUCACUACAAAUAGUUCUAUUAAAGUCGAUAUGUUCGCUUGGACAAAAACUGGUGUGAGGAUAGCUGAAAAUCAGAAACUAUCCUCUGACUAUUUCUAUGUUACCGAAAUACAUUUUGGCGGAUGUGGUGGGCUUACAACGUCAAGUAUUUGGAGAUCCGUUAAUGGAACGGCUCUUGGAUUGAUAACAGACUUUUAA